AUGAGUGAAGAACUGCAUCAACUAUGUGCCACUGCACUUCCAUAUCUCCAGCAGCUCACUAUCACACACUUAGAAUCAUUUUCAACUAAUGAUGGAUCUACAUGUUUGUCUUCACUUCGAAUCGUAAAAGUUCAAUUUAUUAAUCCAGAGAUGUACCAGACAAUCUUAUCAUCCUGUCCUAAUUUAUGUACGUUUCAGUUCUCUAUGUUUACUUCUGAAGAAUCUUCGCUAGUCAUCGAAUCGCAUAAUAAUCUUCGACGAUUAACCAUCAAUGUUGGAGAUGUAAUUUGGCCUUGGAAUGACCGAAUAUUUGACAAAUAUUUCAUUUGUACACCGCAUCUUGAACGAUUAAGUAUUCAUCGUUUAUUUUACAUUUCAAGAGCCAUCGAAUCUUUUCAUGAUUACGAUUGGUUAGUAACGGUUGUCAAUAAACGUCUAAAACAACUUCGUCUACUCAAUUUUCAUCUACGAACUUUUCCAUCUAAACUUGGGAAUAAAUUCCAAACCGAACAACUUCUUGAACAAGUCAAAGAAAAUUUUACCAAAGCUCAUCACGACCGAUAUGAAUCACAUUUAAUUUUUGAAUAUGUUUGA